AUGCAGAAGCUCCGUUUGCAGCCCGAUCCCAUCAGACAGAUCCAACAGCUCUUCUCCUUCCCUCCCCCAGAAACAAACUACGAGUCCACUAGCAGAUACUCUGCGCUAAACACGGCGGAGGAAGAAGGAAGGAAGCGAGGACCUGACAGUUUGGAGCAGAGAGGACGAGCUCCUCCCGGGUCCGGGCAAUCGCUCAGCGCCGGCCGGGGUCCGCGCCUGCCGCCCCCCGGCUCUGGGCCGGGGGCUGUUAAAACCCUCCGGCGGCAGCGGCGGCGGCGGAGGGGGACGCCUCCCAAACUGACAGUUAGGGCCCUGGCCCGGCGGCGGGGACGCGGCCCCGGCCGAGCGAGGACUCGGAAGGGGCUCCGGUCCCGCCAACACCGACCUGUGGUGGUGCCCCGGGCUGGGCCGCGGCCCUCGCAGCAGCAGCAGCAGCAGAAGCAGCAGCAGCGGUGGUGGGAGCAGCAGCAGGCGCCGCCGCCGCCCCGCUCCUCCUCCGCCUCCUCCCGCCGCCGCCUCCUCUUUCCCCUUCGCUGCCGCCACCGCCGGGGCUCAUGCGGGAUCCGCGCUUCCUUCUCCGGGGCCCGGGGGAAGGCAAGGAGCCCGCGGGGCCGCCGGGGAUCCCUCGCUCUUCUCCAGCCGCAGCCGCGGCCGCUCCCCCCACCCCGGGGGGCUCAGGGGCCCGCUCGGCCGGUGCUGGGCAGCGGCGGACGGGCGGCUCCGCGCGGGGCCCGGAGCUGGAGCCGAAGGAAGCGCCGUCGUCGCCCGAGGGGGCUCUGGGCCGGGGCGCGGGGCGCGGGGCGCACGGCGGAGCCGGCCUUGGGGGGAGGUGGAAGUAGAGGAGGCGGCAGCGGCAGCGGCGGCGGCGGAGGGGACGGGCGGGUGGAGAGGAGAGGAGAGCGCUGUGUGUCGGGGGAGGGGAGAGGUCGGAGGUCGGGGCGGGCAAGGGGCCCUGUCGUCUCCUAUAGUCACCCCGAACCCAGCGCCACCAUCUUGGGAGAAACACGGAUAUCACGGCCGCGGCGCAAGCUGGGAGGACUGGCUGGGCGGGCGGAGUAUCCCGGCAGGCAGCGCGAGCGCCACCAGGGCCUGGCUGGGCGCAGGGGCUCAGGCCUGGGAAAGCUGAGGGCUGUCGCGUAGGGUCUCCUACGGAGGCUGAGAGCUCCCGAGAAAGGGGCCGUCUUUGACCUGUCUGUUUCUCCCGAGGUCUAGCCCAGUGUCUGCCCUCAGGGAUCUCACCGUCUGAUGGUGGGAGACAGCUGGCAAGUAACUGGGGACCAAAAA